AGGCGGCGUGGGGCUAGGGACGAUGCAUGGGCUGCGACUAGGAGGCACUUGGGAGGUAGGGAGGGCAUGCGAGCAGAGCACAGUUCAGUAGUCGCCAUUGCAAGUCCCCCCGUGCUCUCGUAUUCGUGACACUCGGACGCGUGGAGACGAUUUUGCGCUAACCUAAUCUCCCCGCGAGGGCCCUAAGUGUGCCCCCCCGAUGCAGAGAUAUUGCACCGAGCUCACCGAUAGAUUGUUGAAAUCACUUGAUAAGGAAUACAAUGUCAUCGACAUGGGAGCUGUUGUGGAUGUCAUUACGGCCCUGGAAAAGACGACGAUCACUAAAGAAGUGCUUGAGAGUACAAGACUUGGAAAAUACAUUAAUGAACUUAGACGAAAAACAAACAAUGAUGCCUUGGCAAAGCGUGCAAAGGAUUUGGUACGAAGAUGGCGUGAUAUGGUUUUACCUUCUGCUCAUUCUACUCCACAGCCUACACCAGCAGACACAGCACCACCUGCUCUUAAUGGAGCAAAACCACAUAGCCCUGCACUAAGAUGUUUUAAACCACAAAGUCCGGCAUUAAGAAGUAUAAUGCGGUCUCAAAGUCCAUUGUUAAGGGAAACGCUUGCACUCAGAGUGCUUAGUCCAGUUCUAUCUGUGAAUUGCGAUCAUUUACAUUCUCCUAAUGCGUCAUCAAAUAAGCAGUCAAUUACAGUAACCAGCAACCACAGAACAAGUUCUGAUGUGCCACCGACGCUUGGUUCUUCGAGCCAACAUCAUUCGAUGGAAGCAGUGCCACGAACUCACAGUUCAAACAAACGUCUUCGAAAAGAUGAUCCCAAGGACCAACAUAAUUUUCAACCUCAUGAUUCAGUCUCAAUCACCGAAAGUGAAACCUUUGUUAAAAAACAACGUCUAAAUGGCGAAAAUGUGUGUGGUAAUUCAAAUAUGCAAGUGCCUAGCCCCACAUUUAGAGAAAGAAUCUCUGAUCAUUUUACGGAGUCUUCCACUAAACCUGAUGAAUCAGGGCCAAAGAAACGUGGUAGAAAGAAAGGCAGUAAAUCUACGAAGAAGCAACCGGUUUUAGAAGAUUGUGUAAAGGAAAAACUAGCUAGUAUCUCAAGGAAUCCUAAAUUAAAGACAACACAAGAAUUGCUGGCUGAUCUACGGGCACGCGGCACCAAUUCUAGCAUUAAUUCAAGUGCUCUACCUAGUCAAAGUGUAGAAUCAUCCGGCAUGGAAGAUAUUCUGAGGAGUAGCAAUGAACAAGUAUCAAAGUUCCUUCGUGGUCCUCAGAAUAAUUUGUCCCAUAGAAAUACAGUUUCUGAAGCCUCACCAGAAAGUCGGUUAAAGCCCACAGAAAACUGUCUCGAUGUACCAUCUAAGUGUGAAGAAUCAGGUGUAGUGUACAAAGAAAAAUCAGUUAUAAAUGUUCAAAAUAAUCAACUAGAACAAUAUCAAGAUUUAACGGUUGAAGAAAUAUUGGCCAAGUUACCACCAAUAGAUCCGAGUUCAAUAGAUUGGAGUGAGUGUGAAACUAAAUCAACAGAAGAUCAAAAUAGUACUGAGUAUCCACCUAGACAAAUUACUGCAGAGGAUAUAGAAAGGUUACAUACACAAUGUGUUGAAGGACUGAAUGGAAACUUCCAACCAAAAUUAUCGUUUUUAACUUCGACUUGUAAUGAAAAACCAGAGGUAAAGGAGGAUGUGUCAGAAAUCAGUAGUGCGAACAAUGUGUAUAGCCAACCUGAUGAAGAAUUUCGAGAAUGGCAUCAGAUGCUAGCAAGGUCCAGUUCUAAUGGCCAGGUUUUCCACAUAUUGCCUUAUGUUAUAAUUGAUUAGUAAUUUUAUUAUCUUAUUCUAUUAUUAUCCUGAAAUUUGUGAAAAAUCCCUAUAAAUAUUAAAGAGAUUGAUCAGUCAUCAAUCUAUUAAACCAAUUUCUAUUGCAAUUUAUGAUUGCCUUUAUUUCUAUAAAUGCUCUUUAUACUACCACCUUUAUCAUCAUUAUCGUUCCCUAAUUAUUCAAAUUAAAACUGAUACUUUGAAUGUGUGAACCAAUCACGCUAGAAAUAUGUAACUGGCAAUCAUUUUUCGCGUGAAUAUCAUUCUCGAUGAUAUUCGUUAUCGUCACAAACCUUAGUUUUACUUUAUUCGUAAAAAUCAUUUACUAUUAUAAUCAGCAUUAUUAGUGUCGUCCUCUUCAUCAUCGUUAUCAUCUUCACCAUCGACGUCAUCAACAAUACAAGAGUAUCUUUAUUAUUAUUGUUAUUGUUGUUACUAUUACUACUACUAUUAUUAUCAUCAUUCUCGUCAAUAUUAUUCAUUAUUGACUUAUCAAAGCAAGUUUUAUACAGAACAAGGCAUAAAGAAGAUAUUUAGGAAAUGAAAAAACAAUGUUUGGAGCUUCUAAUGUAAUAUUUAGCUCCAAUGUCUGUGACAAUGUAUUUGAGUCCAAAAGGUACUCUUUGAAUGCUUGUCUUUCAUUGUGUAUAUUAUAUCAUUAUUCUCAUUAACAUUGACAUUAUUGCUUAAAUUAUCACUGUAUUAAGAAAAUGCUAGCAAAAAUCAGAAUCGGAUUAUAAAAGUGAUUUGAAAUCUGCAAAUUACUUUUUUCAAAUUUAUUAUAAUUAAAUUUUUUAUAAGAACGAUAAUGUUUCAUUUUCUUAAAGAAUGGAUUUUCUUUGACAAAAGAUUUAUAUAGCAUUGUAAUAUGAUUGAUCACUUUUCAGAAAUUGUACAAACCAUUUUAUUCACUUGCUAAGAAAAGAGAGGCACACAGAUUGAAUCAAAUAGUGCAUUUUGGCCUAUGCAUAAAGGAAAAAAGAAUUAUUUUCGAAUAUUUAAAAAGAAUAUAUGAAAAAUUAUGGGUAGUUACAUUUCAUUUGCUGUAACAUACCCUUUGGUUCAUUCUAUUAUUUUUACGAUAUGUUUGAAGAAUGAUGUUACACAAAAAGUAUAAGGAAUGAUUAUGGCAAAAUGUAUACCCGUACCACGCAAAAAGAUAACGCUAUAAUAUUUCAAAUGCUUUUUGACACAAUAUUCUGUUUAUAAAUUUAAAGUAUUUAUUGAAAUGUACAGAUGUCACUUAAAUAUAAUAUGAAAAAUAAUUUUUUGCGCGUGGUAAAAAGUAGUCGAACCGAAUAUAACGAGGCCUUAAUUAAAGUUUAAAAGUAAAAAAAAAAUAUUUGUCUAAUAAAGUAUUAUGUUGCAUAUACUUCUAGCAAAGGUAAUACAAUCCGAGUAAGUUUUAAAUUUUUCUAUCUCAAUUUUAUUUCAUAUGUUAUUAGUACAAUAUAGUAAAAUGAAAGUAAAAGUCUAAAUGAAAAGAAAAAGGAAAUUCUUGUUUUUAGAACAAUUGCAGCAAAAAUCCACACAUACAUAAUUAUAUUGCUGGAAGGAAAAUAUUUUACGUGCAAUGUUCAAAUGUUCCAGUGUAAUGCAACAAAUAUUUCAAAGCUAUGUAAUUUUUUUAAACAAAAAGAAAGAUUGAAAUUAUUUGAAAGAUGUAAAUACGUCGUUCGAAAUCAUGAAAACACUGGAACCAAAAUAUACUAAUAUUUUCUGUAAUAACCAAAUAAUACUAUGUGUUAUGUAAAAAAGAAAAUAGAAAAAAAGAAAAAAACAGGAGAAAGAUUGUACAUAUUAUGCCACUAUAUCAUGUAUAAUGAAAGCUUUGUGAAACAUUAUGAAUUAGAAAAAGAAAAUGUCUGAUUUUAUAUGUGUUCAUUUUUUGAUGAUAACAGUUACCUUUUUAUUUUGCUUUCGCUUAUGAUCGAUUGUUUUUUAAAUGUUUGAAUAUUUUGAAUGUUUGAAGUGAACAUCAAUUAUCGACAAAAGAAUGAGAGAUCACUCGCUGAAAUAGUUUUUCUUUUGAAUUAAGCAUCACAAUAAUAACAGUUCAAUAUAGUGAAAUAUUUCCAAAACGAUGUAUAUAUAAUAUAAAUUUUUAUAGUUUCUCGUGUUACAUUUAUAUUAAUUACAAUGCCUUGUUUUACAAGUAUAUGAUAAGUAUUUUAUUUAUACCGACAUUUGUGUAUACCUUUGUAUUUAAGAUUAAAGACACAAGUUAAUAUAAUUAAAUACUAUAAUACACAUAGUAGUUUCAAGAUUGUUUAAGCGAUUGUUUAUGAUAAUUUCGAUCUAUAUAUGUAUAUCAUUUCAUUUAUUAUAAUUCAUUUCUGGAUAUAAUUUAUUUUACUUUUAAUUAUAUUAAUUUUCUACUUUAGUUAGUUACACUCCCAUCAAAUUUGAGAAUAAUGUUCGCUCUUAUUAUUUAGUACAAUUUCAUUUUAUCGAACAAUGUAUAGAUAUCGUUCACUAUGAAGAUCCAUGAGAUUAUUGGAUAAAUUUUAAACAAACUCUGGUUCCCAUCGAUCUAAAUACAUGCUGUGCUAUCGUUAAGAUUGCAGAGUAUAUGAUGCGCUUAUUACGUAAUAUACACCGAUAGCAGCUUUAUUUCAGAGUAACGAAAUAUUAAAUUCAGUGAAUGAAAGAUAUAUCCGUCGAAUAAAAGUUUAUGAUAACAAUAACCUAUGAUAAACAGAAUUGUAUAUUUCUAUUAAGAUUUUAAGAUAUGCCUUUUUGAUCACGGUAUUUUUAUUUAAAUAUGUUAGUAACCAUGGCAUGUGUCUUUUUUUU